GUCCAACUGCCAAACAUGACCCAGACUGUGACACUAAAGGGACCCUCUCCUUGGGGUUUUCGGCUGGUGGGAGGACGGGACUUCAGCACACCGCUCACCAUCUCCAGGGUAACACCAGGCAGCAAGGCGGCCCAAGGUGACCUGUGUCCAGGUGACACCAUCCUGGCUAUCAAUGGUGACAGCACAGAGCUCAUGACACACAUGGAGGCUCAGAACAGGAUCAAAACCUGCACUCAGCAGCUCACACUCAACAUCAGCAGGUCGGGAUCAGGAGACAGAGUGUGGUCGCCAACAGUCAGUGAAGAUGGCAAGACAAGCCCUUACAUGGAGCCUGACUCACAGAAUUUCCGUCCCAUCACCAGUGGAUAUGGCGGUUCUACUCGCAAACCUUCCUACACCCCUGAACCCCAGUCCCCACAGGUUCCCCAGUCCCCACAGGUUCCCCAGUCCCCACAGGUUCCCCAGUACCAUCAGGUUCCCCAGUACCAACAGGUUCCUCAGUCCCCUCAGGCUCCCCAGCCCACUCACCUGAAUAACGGACAUGCCAGACCCAACAACGGCCACAGCUAUGGGUACGGGAAUGGAACCGGGCACAAUCAGUACAACAACCCAGCAGGACUUUAUUCCCAUAAUGGCAGCAAUGGAGACAGAUCUCUGCCAAGCAAGAUGGGAGGCCUUAGCCUCAGCGCCACACAUAGCCCAGAGCCUCCAACACACUCCCCUGUGGGCCGUAAUGGUUUUGACCCACAUUCAGAUGUCUACAAGAUGCUGCAGGACUACGAGGAGCCCGUCUCUGCACCCAAACAGUCCGGCUCCUUCAAAUACCUUCAGGGAAUCCUGGAGGCUGAGGAUGGAGGUGUGUCCCCGACAGAGAGAAUGAGAAACUUAAAGUCUCCAAUAAGGUCUCCAAUUCCUAAACUGGGAAGCCCCAUCCCCAGCCCCAUGUCCGGUCUGCAGAAGUUACCCCAGUGCACACGCUGCUGUAAUGGCAUUGUUGGCACUAUCGUGAAGGCCCGGGACAAGCUCUACCAUCCCGACUGCUUUAUGUGCGAUGACUGCGGCAUCAACCUCAAGCAGAGAGGCUACUUCUUCAUCGAGGACAAUCUGUACUGUGAGACCCACGCCAAAGCGCGCGUCCAGCCUCCAGAGGGCUACGAUGUUGUUGCCGUUUACCCCAACUCCAAGGUGGAGAUAGUCUGAGCAGGAGAAGGAGCUGGUGAUGCUGUAAUAUAACUGGGAAACUAAAAUCUGGGAGAAUGGGGCUACUGAGUAUUCUAGCCUACAUUUAUCAGGCUCUGUCAAACAGGAAUGUCGAUCUUGGAUCAGUUUUGGCUUUGGGAGAGUCCUAUGAAAUGUGUGUUUCAGCGAUCCAAGAUCAGCAUUUCUACGCUGACAGUUUUGAUAAAUGCUAUGUAAAUAGAGCAUAGUGAAAUAUGUUGACAGAAAACAGAAACAAUCAAACCCAUUGAAAAGCUGACAUUGUAUGUCCCAACCUGACAGCCUUCAUCUUGCAAUUAGCGUGUUUACAUCAAAUUCUACUUUCAAGAAAAAAAAAGGAAAAAAAAUGAACCUGUUCAGGCCAGAUAUGAUGUUCAAAUCCACAUCACAGGCACAGCAUACCAGAAUAAUCCAAAAAACAGGAAAUGCAAAUGUCAAAAAAAGUCUGCAGGUAAUAAAAUGAGAUGUUUAUGCAGUUUAAAAUGACUGCACCAGCAUACUCAAGCUUUUUAACAACCAGCACAAGUUCAUGACCAGCAUAAUAUUCAGUGUCCUAUGACAAACCCUCACUCAAGCCUGAAAAUAACUGUUAGUUUGUGUGUGUGAGAGAAUUCUGAGUUGAUUGAUGCAUUUGCUGUGAUGAACUGUGCAGAGAGGAGUGUCUUCCUUUUGACUCAUUUUGCAUUUAGUUAUUAUAAGGACAGUUUCAUGCACACUACAAAAUGUUUUCCUAAGCCAGUAAAGGCAUAAUGAUAUUUUGUUCAAGUUUUUGUUCAAGGGGUUCAAAGGUUUCAGUGUCUUUUUAACUAUGCUACAGUUACACAUUAUACUCCUGUUGCAAAUGGACUUUUGCGUUUUGUAGUUUACACCUAUGCAGUUUAUCUUUCAGACUUUCUAUGUCCAUUUCUAAGAAAAUCUUGGACGGUUCCUUUUUUUGCUAACUUUUCAGUUGUGUGCAACAAUAAGCAAUAACUCAUCAUAAGCUCAUCUCUAACAAGCAUAAUUGUAAGUGUCUGAAAUGUGUUUCAGUAUCUUCGGUGAACGGGUUUACCAAACCUUAACCUAGAUUUACUGCAGCCUUCAAAGCACCACCCUCUGAAAUGUAAAUAAAACCCUGCAGGAGACAUCCUCAGAGUUUUGUGAAAAACUACACUCUUAGAAUUAAGGGUCCCAAAUGGGUUCCUCGUAACGGGCUAGUGUUGUACCCAGAACCAUUUGCUUUUUAAGAACCCUUUUAUUAAGAAAACGGUUCUUUUUAAUACUAUGGGUUCCAUUAUGAACCCUUUUCAUCCACAGAUCCUUUUUUGAAAGAUUUGUUAAAAGCAUGGAUGUUAAAAGAUCCUCAUUCUCAAAUAUCCAAAUGUUUACCCAUGUUUCAAAAGGUAUUUUUAUUUAUUUUACUCCUGGUCUGCCAUAGUUGAUAUCUUUAUCAUCAUAACAUGCCAUACAGUACCACAUGUUCUGCCAAAAUUCAUUUUUUACAGGUACCCAGAACUUAACAUGUUGUAAUUAUACUGAACAAAAAGUUAAAUGUGCCACUUUUGUUUUAGCUGCCAUUUUUCACCGGUUAAAGUUCAAGAUCUAAGACUUUUUUCAUGCUCAAUUUAGGUAUUUCUGUUAAAUUUUGGCUUCAGAUGUGUUCAAAUCUGCUUAAAUGAGCACUUCCCCUUUUCCAAGAUAACCCAUCCACUUCAACGGUGUGGCAUAUUGAGCUGCUGAUUAACCAGCAUGAUCACCACACAGGUGUGCCUUGAGAUGGUCACAAUAAAAGGCCACUCUAAAAGUUGAGUUCAAACACACAACACAAUGCCACACUUUCUGCGAGUUUUGAGGGAGCACGCCAUGGUCUUAGAUCUUAAACUUAAACCUGCAAAAACAAAAGUGUUGCCUUUUCAUUUUUGUUCUGUGUAAUUUAGAACAGAGUUUUGGUACCCAACCCUAUUGCAAAAUCUUAAUAGAAAAAGCUAUAUUUGUAGUGAUUUCACAAAAUUUCUAUCUGGACACUGGUCCUUAGAAGGUAGAAAGGUUCUGGUUAGAACCCAGACAGAGGGUUCUGGGGAUGGUUGAUUUUAGUUAGCACCUUUAUUUCUAAGAGUGUGUAGAACUUGGUGAAAAUCAGUUAAAAGGAUUACUCUCAGAUGUGAUCAUGACAACCUCAAGUUAUAAACAACAAAUAAUAAGAAACGAGAUUUUAAUGAUGAAGUAACUUAGCCUAAUGCAGUGCAUACGUGCACUGAUGACAUUUUGAGCGGGCCUGAUUCAAAUUCACAAAAGAUUGUAACUAAAGUGCUUUCAAGCACCUGACGGAGAGAAGAAUUUCCACUCUCGCUCAUGUUCACACAUAAGAAUUUCAGUUCAUAAAAACAAGAGCACAGAGUUCACGGGGUCUGUUUAUCAAAAACACUUCACUUUGACACCAAUAUGCUCUCCGCCUCGCAUGACAACUUUUAAAAAAUGGUCGUGUGCAUUUGAGAUGGAAGACACAGCGGUGGAAAACAGUCCACAUGUGGGAGUAAUAUUCACCUUGUUUAGUUUUUUGGACCGACAACAUAGAUACAUUACAGUUGCUCUUCAGAAGAGGGAAAAAGACAGAAGUUGGAAGGAUGCGUACUAGUAUUCCCUUCCUGUGAACUUUCUGCUCACAGCCAAGUCUAAGAGGCAAAUAAAAUAUACUUCUACAUUUCCUCAGAGAGAGGGGGAACACAAAGGGAGGGAGAUGAGAAAGAGAAAUGACAGCACAGCAUGCAUUUUCUCUUCUUGACACAAAUUCUUUCUUCAAGAGGAAAGAAGUGAGUCAUUAUGACUGCAAUAUGUGGCCAUCAGUCUUUGCUUAUCAUGAAUAGUGAAGUAAACUGUGUGGAGAAGAGUGAUCGUAUUCUUAAUUUUAGAAAUGUUUCUAACAAAACUAAUUUUUUAUUUGAAAUGAGAAAAUGAAUUUAGCAUUGCUCUUUUUUUCUAGAUAUCAACAGUGAUAAGUAGCUGCUGGUAUGCCAUCUAUACUAGUUAUCUUGUAAAUUUUGUGAAAAUUAUAUUGCUACCACAUUUCUUUGGUAUUGUACAUAUUUGUUUUAUCGUGAUUGCUUUAAUAUACUGAGCGUAACAUGUCAUUCACGUGCCUUUGCAUACCCUGUGUCUUUAAAUGAUUGCUUCGACACAAAUCUUCUACUUGUGUUUAACUUAUUGUUCUACCAACACGUUGUUUUUGUUUGUUUCUGGAGCUUCUUUUUUUCUAGGAUCUAAAUAAAAUGAGAAGUGCAUUACCAUGA